AUGAAUCACAGCCGGCUUUCGCAAACGCGAUCUACGUAUGACCUUUUAUCCGGAGCGCCCUCUUCACCGCGUACGCCAUCCAGAAACUCGUUUCGGAGAAGCAUUCGUGGUCAUGAGUCCUCGACUAAGGCGGACGUGGGAAAUGAGGAAUUACGCGUUGAGAUUAGCACUUUGAAGUAUGAACUUGAGAAUAUAAAGCAGGACAGAGAUUUGGCCGCACUGCAGCAUGAAAAGGAAUUACGCGAGUUGCAGGCGAGAGCAGACGCCGAUUUUAGAAAGGCGCAGGCCGCGGAGAGUAGCUCCGCCAAAGCCCAACGCAAAGUCGAGUCGCUGACCGCAGAACUGAACCAAUCCCGGGAAACCUUCGUAAACGAACAGAGCGGCUAUGAGAAGAAGAUUCGGCUCUUGCAAGACGAAAAUCGGAGCCUACAAGAGGAAUACGAGGAUUCGAUGUCCCAGUUUGCCGACCGAGAACGCCAGUCUAAAAACCAGAUCAGUGAAUUGGAGACAAUUCGCUCCUCACUUCAAAAGACACUGGAUGAAUUGCGGAAUGAACUUGAGGAAACCAAAAUUGGUUUGCAGGCAACGCAGAACCGGUUGACAGAGCGUGAAACUGAAGUGGACCAGCUAGAAACGGAAAAUAUACGAUUGAAGUCCGAAGGAUCUGAACCUGAAGCAUUAAAUGUACUGAAGAGAGAACUUUCGGAACAACUUUCACAGGUCAAGAAACUAGAAUCCGAGUUAAGACCGCUACGAAAGAGUCAAAAGAAGGUUGAUGUCGUGGAGGAACAAAAAAUUGCACUUGAAAACAAAUUACGGUUAAUGAGCGGUUUAGAAGCUGAGCUCAAAAAUCUGCGCAUACAGAAUCAAGCUUUGGAAGAUGAGCGCCAGUCUUGGACCAGUUUGUUACAAGUAGAUGGACAGGAUCCUGAAUUUGAUUCUCCAGAAUCCGUCGCCCGAGGCUUGGUUGAAGCCAGGAUUGAAAUUGCGUCUCUUGUCAAUAAGAUCGGGACCAUCCAGACCGAGGUCGCGGAAAAGACGGAAAUUAUAAACGGCCUAGAGACGAUGCAGCAGAAACUAAAGAAGGAAAUAGAUACGCUUCGCAACAACGGGUCAGGCGUAGCCAAUGUCGAUAUCCGCGCCAAAACCAGGCUGGAACGCCAACGAGUGUUGGCCAUCAAAGAGGUAGAAUACCUGCGGGCACAGUUAAAAACCUUUGAUACAGAGGAGACAUUGAUGAAUCCAGAGGAGAACCGGAUCGAUACCCAGAAAUCCGAACAUAUCGCUCAGCUAGAGGCUCUUCUAGGCGAACAUAGAGAAGAGCUUCACAAGCUACACGAAGAAUUGUCGAAAAGGGAAGAAAAGACAACACCUAGUAAUUCCCCGUUGAUGCGCGGUACCAAGCGACCACUUUCUCCGGCAGAAAGCGACGCUGAUGGUGAGCGACUCGCUGUUUUGGUCCGCAAAAACAGAACUUUACAAGAUUCUCUAUCGAAGUCCGAACAGUCGGUUGAGCUACUGCGCCGAGAACUUGACGCCGCGAAAUCCCACCUGUCUUCGUUGCAAGCUCAGUCCCGAACACGUAUUCUCGAACUUCGAUCAAAUCCUACGUCAGAUUUUGAAAAUCUGAAGCUUUCGACCCUCGCCACUUUACGGGCUGAGAAUCGCGAGCUCCUGAAACAAUUACGUGGAGAGAAGGACAACAUCAAAUGGGCUCCAGCCAGCGCUGUUGAUAGUUUGCAGCUAGAGCUUCAAGAGACGAAGAAGCAAAUUGCCGAUAAAGAAAAGCGAAUUCGCCGGUUAAAAGAGAUCUGGACGGCAAAAUCCUCUGAAUUCCGUGAAGCCGUGGCGUCAAUUCUUGGGUAUAAGCUUGAUUUCAUGCCAAACGGCCGUGUGCGAGUGACUUCCAUGUUUCAUCUUUCGGCGGCUUAUAGACAUGGUGACGCGAGUGCGUCGGCUGAUUCUCGAGGACCAGGGAGCAUGGGCGAUGGGGAAGAGAAUUCGAUCAUUUUCGAUGGAGAAAACGGCACAAUGAAGAUAUCUGGCGGGCCGAAUAGUCUUUUCGCACUUGAAAUCCGAGAUCUUAUCAAAUUCUGGGUUGAGGAACGGAAAGAUAUUCCAUGUUUCCUCGCCGCGAUGACACUGGAGUUUUACGACAAGACGACGAGGGCUGCUCGCAUGUGA